GGGGGGGCAGAAAAAGUGGCAGGUUAGUGUUUGUUGCAUGUUCUGUUAGUGUUCACAUGUGUUGCGGCAAAAGUUACGUCAAGGCAACGUAGCCAACUGGCAUUUUUCUCUACACAGUUCCCGCCAGCCGUCGUAGCUGCAUCAUCAUUCUCAACUGGUAUGUCUAAUACACUCUGACUGGUAGAGAAAUUAUGUCAUGAUUCAAGUUUCUAUUCGUUGUUAUCGCCUUGUGGAUGAACCACCUGAGAAACCCUACUAUGUUUAUGUAAUAGAAACGCUAUUGGCUGGAAAGUACUAUUCUGUAGAGAGAAGAUACAGUGAAUUUUUGAGAUUGCACAAAGAGUUACGGAAACACUACAGUACACCAGAGUUUCCACCAAAACGUGUGCGCAGCUCACACGCAAAGGUACUGCAACGACGGCAGCAGUCUCUGGAGCGGUACCUUCGUGCCAUGCUGGCAGCAGAUCAAUCGAGUCGCUCUCAGGUUCUUACAUUUUUAGGUGUACCACAGGAAGAGCAGUUUGGGUCUUCAGAGAACAUUGAAGAUAAGAGCAUUGAUCACCAACCAGUCUUCUAUUUCAAGGCAGACCCUUUCUUGGAGCAUGUUGGAGAUGAUGCAUCAUCUGAUAUUAUAAUUCAAGGUGUUUUCCAAGCACUAUAUGGGAAAAACGAGUAG